GUUUAUUAUCUAAGCUGGUUAAAGGCUUCAAUUUAAUGAUUGAAUAGAUCAUUCUGCUUGAUAAUGUUUCUUUAUAAAUUUCAUAAUUUCGAUGGCAUAUGCACAUUUAUGAUGAAUGAUUCAAGAAUUUCAACUUUAUAUACAUAAAGUUAACGGAUGAUAUAAAAAUUACCAUCUGAAUACAUGAAGAUACCCUUUAGAUCACAUAUCAAUCAACAACAACUUCACCAACUUCGUUCGUUAUUUUGAGAGGAAAACAAGCAGUCAAAAAUGAAUCUCAAGUUAUUCCCAAUUAAAAUUCUACUUUAUUGGAUUACACUGUUUCUAAAGGGAGUUCAUCUGUCUGAUACCAAAGUGCCAAUGGUUGUCAAUCAUAAUAAUCAAAUUCGUUUACAAGUUGGUGAUAAACUACGUCUUGAAUGUCCAAUUCAUAUCACAUCCUCUGGUGGUCUAGUCUCUUCAAACGAGAAUUCUAAUUCAAAUCAACCUGAAUAUAAUUCUGGUGUUAUGUAUAAUUGGAAGGUGAGAGAUUUACAUGACUAUUCACUGGAUACAAAUAGUCAUUAUCGAUUUAGUCAACAGCGUCGAAUACUGGAAGUCACUGAACCAUUACAAGUUUCUGAUUCAGGCAAUUAUACAUGUUUAGGAGUGACUGGUUUUGGUAAACGUGAAGUCACAUUUGAAGUUCACGUACGAGAUCCUAAUAUCAACCUUCUUUGUGCUGUACCAAAUGUAGAAAAUACAAAGGCUAAAGCUCCAUGUUUUGUUGAUACAGCCUUGAAAACUAACCCAUCAAUUAGUUUGGAAAGAGCUAUAGGCUCUUCUGUAACAUUUAAUUGUGAAGCUGAAGGUACUGAACCAAUAAAAUAUCGAUGGUUUAUGGGUAAUGCAGUAGCUGAUUGGAUAACAACUGGUCAAGGUGUUCGUGGACCAAUAUUAACAAUUGAUCGCGUUGGUCGUGAACAUACUGGACAGUAUACAUGUCAGGUUUCCAAUGCAGUUGGAAGUCUGAACUAUACUUACAGGCUAUUAGUCAGUGAACCACCAUCAGCUACACCGAAAAUAAUUGGUCCUGUACAGAAUUAUACCUUUAAAAACGAUGAUAGUGCAACAGUUAUAGCAAGAAUCAAAUGUGCAUGUGAUGAACCAGUUAUACAGUGGUUGAAACGAGUUGAACCAGGCGAAGAAAUGAUGUAUGAACAAUCGGGUGCAACAAAAAUCCCAUUGCCUAAUGCUAGAAUAACAGAACAGAAUGAAGUCUAUGUGAUAUUAGGCUCAUGGAUUGAUUCACCAGCGAUUGUAGAGAAAACAACAGCCUAUACGGAUAGAUCAAAAAGUAUUCAUGAUAUGGACACAUCAUCUUCAUCAUCAUCAUCUGAUAUUUUACCAUCUGAAAAUAAUGAUGGAAAACGCCCGAUGUAUUAUCAUUCUAAACAGAAUUAUGCUAAACAAAAUCAUCUUGGUAGUGAGAAGAAAGAACAACUUUUUGUUACUAAAUUACGAUUUCAAAAACCUCUAGAAAAAGAAAGACAUGAAGGAAAAUAUAUUGUCAUGACAAUGAGUUUAUCAGAUGUUAAAAGUUUAGAAUAUAUUGUAAUAUAUGUGAAUGUAGUACAAGAAUCAGCAUUUCUGAAAGGUCGACGUGUUCUCAUCUACUUCUUAGUACCAUUCAGUAUCUUACUUGCUGUUCUUGGAUUAAUUGCUUAUAUGUUUGUAUUUCGUCGAAAACGUGCACCAGAUCAUUUAAUAUCUUCUAGUAAUGAAAGAUGUAUACUGAGAACAGCUGAACUCACUCCUGAAGCAUAUCAUGUUAUACCAAAUGGAAAAAAGUCAUCUAGUUUACACGCAUCAUCUAGACAAUCAUCAAAUAGUCAAAAUACAGGGAAACCGAAUUAUUCUUUCAUGGGAGUUCAAUCUGUAUAUCCUUCAAAUGAUAAUCAAUAUAAUCAAACACAAACUGGAUCAGAAUUAAAUAAUCCUUAUCCAAAUAUUCAAGUGAAUCCAUCACAUUUUAAUCAAGCUGUAAAUUUCUCACAAAAUACAUCAAUGACUAGUGAUCCUAGAUUACUUUUAAAUAUUAGUGAUGAUUCAAGUCGUGUAAAUAGUAAAGCAAGUUCUGGACCAAUAAUGAAUGGUAAUUGUAUGCCAAAUUCAUCUCAUCCAUCUCAUUGCCUUUUACCAUGUCCACCUAAUCCGCAUAGUAUAACACCACCAUCAAAUCAAAGUGAUAUUCAACAGACAAUGAAUAAUUUUAAUCAAUUUCCUGCCUAUUUUAUAGGUUCAAGUGAAAAGAAUUUAAAUCCACAAGUUUUUAACGACAGUUCUAUACAACCAACUUAUCAACCUGCACCAUUUCCAGGUAUUAUGCUUAAUGUACCACAACCUCCUUCAAAUGUAAGCGAUGUAUCCUUUGAUCAAUAUUCAGCAGUCAGUCAAAGUCCAGUAUCUUCAAGUACACUUACAAAUCAUUAUACAGCACCAUUUGGUGAUUUUGUUCAUAAUGAAAAUUCAGACUGUAAAGAUUUCCGACAUCAUUUUCAACCUCAUUACCUCCGUACUUGAUUAUUCUCCUCAAAGUUUCUUUCUUUAAUUUUUCAUUAACAAGUAACGGAAAUCUUGAGUAUAAGUUAUCAUUGAGAAAAAAAACAAGUAGGCCGAUAUAUCUUGUAAACAUAUACAUAUAAAUAUACAUAAUAAACUCAUCUGUAUAUCCUUCAAAAGUACACUUAUAAAAUACACAAGUAUAGUAGGAAAUUUCAAUUCAUAAUUAUAAAGGCAUUAGUAGGAAAUAUCUCAUUUCUCAUUCUGUCAUUCACUCAGUGAAAUUUAUGAAUAUGCAUAAAUUGUACUUAAGACAACACUUAUGUCUGUAUAUUUAAACAAACAUAACAACAAAUUUAUUCAGUUUUGUUUUCGAAAUUUACUCAAAAAUUAACAAAUUUUUCGUAUGUAUUUAAAGUUUUGUUUUUUUUCUCCUUCUUUUCAGAAUGCAUUUAACAGAAUAUAAAAACAAAAACAAACAUCUUAUUUUUUAAAUCGAGCGCACAAUGAUCUUUUUGUUUUAUUGAGGUUACAGGGUUCAAUUGAAAAAAACAAACAAAUUUCGUUUAACCUUUCUUUUUUAAUUGUUGAAACAGUUAAUUACAUAUUUCUUGUAUAAUAAAUAAUAUUCUAUAUAUUCAGUCAUUAUAUCAUUUUGUAAUUCAUUCAUUGGACAAAUCAUGAGUUGUUUAACUACAGUGCUCAUUAUUGACCAAAUAUAAAGGCAACAUAUAUAUAAAUAUGUGUAUAUGAACAGACAAGACACUGAAAUCUGUUGUUUCUUAUUUCACUUUGUACACUGAAAAUAUUUUAAAGACAAAGUUGUGAAAUUUGUAUGAGAACUGAACCAAAUAAACAAGACCUUAUUAACAAUAUAAAAAGUUAAAGUGUAUUGUGAGUAAUGUCUACGACUUCUAAUCAAAG